ACAGUACGCGACCUCGGAGCAUCACAAAAUGACUCAGAGAGACUGAGUAACGCCGAGUCCUCAAAAUCCCCUGCUUGCUUAGUUUUGAGAAUUCAGGGACCUUCUAUUCCAAGUUCUGAAGCCCUGCACCAGAGACAAAGUGCAAGAGAGAAAGAUAAGGAGGCCUCAGGCAGUUACAGAACACGCGCGCCGUUUGACUGGCGGCCUAAGAAAUUCCAUAGCAGAGCACCAGCUUCCACCCACCUCUCGCACCAGCCUCACACCCCACAGAAGAGAUCAAAACUGAGUCAAGUCACCAACGCUGAUAUAGCUCAGAUAUCGCUCCCUUCACAAGGAAAUACAAAUAUGGGUGAGUGACACUUGCUCCUUCUCUCUCAAAUUGGCCAAAGACCGAGCUUCAGGAAGCUAACUAGCAGUCAGAUCAAGUAGGAGACCGUCCAAACAAGACUGACAGCAAUGGAUCCGACGAAGUCGUCAUGAAUCGAGGGGCCAAUUUCAAAGGUCGCAAUCAAAGACAGCAUCGGGGCGGAAGCGCACGUCUGAACAGCGAUUCCGGGUAUAGGGCUCGUCCAAGAACAACACCGCAGAUACCGAGGCAGAAUGCCGAUGGGGCACCAAAGAGACCUGCUGCGGUGGAAAAUCACACUCCCCAGGACCAUGUUGGCUGCCAGAUCAAAGUUCCGUCCGGCGUGCAAAAGACUGCAAACAAGGCUCCAUCUCAAGAGGCUCUAGACGAGUUAAAGCGCCUUCAAGAAGAGAUUGUUUUGCAAGCCCACCUGAAUCGCUACAAAGACCAUGAAGACGACGCAGCAAAUCCAGAGAGCCUUGCGAAAUGCAGGGACGGGCCAGGAACCGAUCCAGAAUCAGAUGUCUACAAGAGCAUCGCAAGGUGUAGGCUUGCAGCCAAUCCAAAUGCAACUUCUUCCAACCCAAGCUCUAUUCCAGAGGAUAAGUUCGAAGGGGACGUGGAUGAUAGAUACUUCGUCGAUGAAAUCAGGUCUCGCGUCCAGAAGUUUUACGCUGCGAAACUUGAUGCCCAGCGUGAGUCUUAUCAUAACAGCGUGUCCGUGUAUUCGGCCAUUGUUGACGGCCAGAUCUUUCUUUCGCGCUACCCAAGUGCGGAGCAUGAACGUCUUCAGAAAACUCCAUCGAAUGCUGAGCGCCAGACUGGCAAUCAGGACGACAGUCAUAAACCAGAGCACUGCUCCAAUGUUAAGUGGGAGGAUAGGUGGGAGAUGCGUCCUCGUGCUUGCUCUACCUAUGAAGGCUUUCGUGAUUGGUUCCGUCAUUGGCUAGAGAUGGAGACAGGCGAUAGCUCCAACAUUGACAUCCACCACCAAGCCUUUUUUGACGGAACCGCGCAUAUGGAUGGUAUCAAAUCUUUGUACAUUCUUGACUUGGGAGACGUCCCAACUUGUUUGGACAUGACGAGUGAAGCAACACGUCUCCAUUAUCAUGAAACGGCCGAAGGCUACUGCCACAACCUUGCAUUGCAUAUGAAAGCGGCGGAAGAGGAGGCGAGGACACGCAGGAAACAAGCUCGAGAUGCCUUUAUAGAAGGUCUGAAGGUCUGUUCCCCAAAGGAUCCAAAUAGUCCUAGAGCAAACGUCUAUCUUCGCAGUGUUGAAGACGGUGACAUACCAGGACUGCUCAUGAUCUUGAAUUGGUACGGCCAAAAGUCAAACUUGAGUUCAAGCUUAGGAACACUUGACGAACAAGACGUGCGUCAACGAAUUGAGGAUAGCAGACGUGCGAAAUUGCCGUUCAUAGUGGCUGCAGAGCGCAGACGCGGACCAUCCGCCGACGACACCCCGGAGAAAAUCCUCGGAUAUGCUUUGGCUAGAGAUUCCUUGGGGCUUCAGACCACAGGUCGAUACACAGCGGAGGUUCCCAAAAGGGGCUUCUGCUACGAUGCCGGUUGCGAUGACAAGACAGGCAUUUACCCGGGCGGUUCCCGAACUCUCAAACGCCUUGUCUUUACCAUCAGCUAUUCCGCUCCUGAGAGAUCCCAGAUCAAGUGGCUCAUCGACUGGCUUGAAAGGGAUUACCACUUUGAACAGCAAGGCGUGCUCAAGGGAGCUCGAGUCAAGUUUGAGCGAUUGUAAGUAAACCCUAGCAUUGAUCACGUGGAUCCUAGACUUACCAAAACGUUCUCAUAGCCUUGAUGUCAGCUACCUUAUUCGCAACGCUGGUUACGACGAUGGUGAUGCAUUUCAUGCUUGAAGGGGAUAACCUUUCCGGAGAUUGUAUGGGCGUCUUCCUCCUUGUUCUGCAUAUUGAGCUGUCUCUGCUUCUUCGUCAUCUCAUCUCAAGGACCCUUUUUGUCUCCCCUCAAGUAAUGAACCACUCGUUGCUUUUCGCGUCUCGCAGCUUCAUUGCUCUCUUGAUACACAAUGAUCAUAAUCAUUAGGGAAA